GGUACAACUCUGCUCUUGAUGAACUCCAGACAGCUGAGGAACCGGACGUAGAAGGUGUAAAGUUCAGAUAUGGAUGAUGACUCCCAAAGCCUCACACGCAGGGUUAUUUAUGAGGGGUUGGCAGAUCUCCCAGUCUCAACUCUACAGACUUUGGAGGACACACUAGAAUCUUUGGGGGUGGAGACCAAUGAAGAUUUUCAGUAUAUUAAUGAAAAUGAUCUGAGAUCUGUACUAACACCAAUUCAAGCAAGGAAGUUACUGAAAGCUUCGAAACAAACCACACAGACCAGUGGAAUUUCCAGUGAGCCAUCUCUGUCGUUGUCAUCUCCUUCUACAACCAGCACAUCGUCUGCCUCUUCAUUUUCUAUACAUUCCACGCCAGUAGAUUGGGUUGACACUUUUCAAAUUCCUUGGAACAGGUUUCCAGAGAACUUGAUUGAGUGUUUUAAGAAUGAGGCAAGGCCGAAACCCCACCUUCGAAGAGAAAUGAUUCGGAUUGUCGUUUCUUCAAUGAUGGAGGUGUGUGCUUCUCCUCGCAAGCAAGAAACCACAGAAGUGGCGAAAAAAUUGAUAGCAAAAUAUCCACUUUCACUCCAAGAUAUUAUUGAAGGUGAUAUAGUGGGCCCAGGGUAUUAUUCACUCGUCAAGCAACUACAAAAUCGUAUAGAAAAUUUGAGACGGGUUUCAAAACCAAAAAUAAGGAAGCGUAAAAACAUGUUAGAUGAAGAUGGCACAGUCCCACCAGAGCAAAAUGCAGCUGUUCAGGACAUUUACGGUUGUAUAAAGUGGGACAUGGAAGUCAUGCCAAUCCAGGAGACAGCAGAGACACAGAAAGAGAAAAAAGUCAAAUUGAAAAUGCUAAGUGAAGAAAAUAACUUAAAUUCGGACGAGAUAAGAGAUCUUAUGCAGAGAACCUACUACACUCAAAGGAAAGAAAUAAACCAGGGAAAAGACCUACAAAUUAUGGUGAAGGAGUGGCCCUUCCUGUUUCAGGAAAUUGGUAUGACGAUCCACUUCCAGGAGCUUACUGGAGUAAAUCUACUAGAGACUUUCCAUAAAAAUCUAGAAAAAAAGGGUAAAAGACUUCUGGACUACUUAAGGACUGUCUCGGCCCACAAAAUUAAACGAGUUCUUCAAACUGUCCGAAACCUGGAUAUUCUGAGAGGACAGGUCCAGGGCUGCUCUGAAGAGUUGAAAGAUCUUGUCCUCCUCCUUCUGUCUCAUUUCAAUGACAAAGAGGAAACCCUCUUCCACUAUGUAGAUGAGACAUGCCUAGCAGGAGAAGUAAAAGUGGACAACUUGCCUGUCACACCAUGCUUGAUUGUAUGUGGAACCUCCUGUUAUACUUCCAAGAAUUUUAUGCUUGGCAUUGACGGCAAUGUUGUGAAUGACCAAAUACCAACCUUCACAUCCGCUAUAUGUCUAAUGUUAGCAAGUUACUUUUGCUUCAACAUUCAUUAUCCGACUCAUCUGGCCUCCACACUUGAUUUCAUUCAGAGGUGCUUCCUAAACAUCAAUCCAGACCGGGGGACAAAAGUCGAAACCAAGAAGAAUAAGAAGAACGUGUCAGUGAACCCAAGGGUCCUUACCCUAAUCUCUGAAAUCGCAGAUCAUGAAUGGAGAGGGACAUAUUAAAAUGGACAUAAUAGUCCAGCAGAAAUGUAAAUUCUGAUUUCUUACACACCACUUAUAGAGCAGAAUACAAAUUUCACUGCAAGAAUAUGGUUUGCAAUCUGGAUGGAUAGAAUUUACAUUUAGUUUUCAUAUUUCUUAGUUUUAGGAUCUAUUGAAUUUAUUUCAACAGGCUUGCUGUAUGUUUUGCGGUAAUUAUAAAUGCCUGAAUAUGUAGACAAGUUCAAGACAACAGCUACUUUUUUUUCCAUCAUUGUGAGAGGCUGUUCCUUUAGUUCAGUAAAAUGAGAGAAGAGUGACUUGUAUUAUUUAUUUUAAAAUUGUAGAUUCAUUUAAUUUAGAUGCUCCAUUAAUAUCUCAGCCAGGACUGCAACUAAUGAUUCUUUUGGCUAUCAAUAAAUAUGACAAUCAUUGAAACCCAUA